AUGCCCGUUCCCGCCUCGCUGUCCCCGCUCUCAGUGCCCACGCCGGCAGGCAUAUUGACGCACGAGGCGUCCGUCGUGCGUCCUGCUGGCCACGAACACGGCACGCCCGACUUUCGGGAUGACCUCUGUGUCGUACCCACCACGUUGCACGGCAACACGGCGGAUGCACAGAGCUGCGCGUCCGACGUGCCCGUGUCAUCGACACUGCCCGCGCCAGCAGGUAUGGCAUGUCCAUCUUCCGGGACCGACCUCAUGGUCGUACCCGACGUUCCGCAGGAUAGCAUGUCGGACGUACAUUGCUGCACGUCUGACGUGCCCCAUCCAUCUACGAUCUGCCGCACAAUGGGUACAUCGAGCCUACCACUUGAUGUACACGCUGUCAGCGAGAACAACGAUGCGCCCGGUGUAUUCGCAAAUGUACCCAGCACGCUUGCCGACUCCUCAUGCGCGAGCGGCGGCACCGGUGUACACAGUACACCCCACGAUGGUGGACCCCGUACGCACAUCAUGGCCGCAACGCCCGCGUCGGAAGGCAGCAUGACGAACAACGAGUUCGUUGUGUGCCUCCCUGACGUCAAAGAUGGAGUGUUCUGCCGGGCCGUCUCAUUGUAUUUCGAUACCACCGCACGCGGCGGAUACAUCGAGCUCAUCGCUGAUGUAUCCCCUGUCGCUUUCCCUCAGGGCAUGCGUGAUGUGCGUCUGCCCGUGCUCGGCGCUAUCCUGCCCAUUCCCAUCUCGACUUCUCCGAGUCUGCUGCCCACACCGAUGUGUGGUACAACGAGCACCGAGCUCGCUGCACCCGGUGUUGGCAACUCUACGGAGCCACUGACACCGUUGACCGCCUGGCUAACGAGUCCAGCGUUGUCGCGGCACACGACGCACGACUGGCACGUCUUUCUAACUGUACUUACCACUACCUGCUAA